CUUCAAAGAAGUUUGACACAAAAAAUAUAAUUACCCACAGAAGGGUAGGCGGAAUUCACGGUACGAAUAGACACGUAACGCAGUUGACACCCCACUUUGUGUUGAUAGGGCUAUUUUUGAUUCAAGGAUAAUAUGGCUAUGAGUGCAGACCCAAAAGUAGUUAUAAUAGGAUGCGGAAUUUCAGGCAUAGCAGCGGCACAGCGGCUCGUGAACGCUGGAUUUCAUCACGUGCGGAUACUUGAAGCGACUGCAAGAAGCGGAGGAAGAAUAAAAACCAGCAGACUAGGUGAUAAUAUUACAGAAAUAGGAGCAAGUUAUAUCCACGGUCCAUCUGAGCAGAACCCGCUGUUUUGUUUGGCUCGUGACUAUGGCCUCCUGGAUCCAGCGGCCCUCACCCCAGAGAACCAGGCCACGGCCGUCGACGAACAUCCUCCUUGGGCUAUUAACUGGUUCAGCAGUUCAGGUCAGAAGCUCAGUGCUGAGCACAUAAAACCUGCUCUGGAUCUGUUAAAUGAGCUAAUGGACGAUACAUUCAAAUUUGAGAGUCAAACAGAAAUACCCUGGGCUAGUGUAGGACAUUUCAUACGAUCAGAGGCAAGACAGCGAGCAGCAGAGAGGUGGGCUGAUAAGGAUAAGAGCACCAGGGACCUGCUGCUGUGUGCGAUCAGUGCCAUGUUGAAGUUUGAGUGCUGCUCCAGUGCAACUGCCACCAUGGAUGAGGUAGACAUGGCAGGAUAUAAUACCUACAAGGCUCUAGCUGGACUGGACUGCACAUUGCCAAGUGGCUUCGAGGGUGUAAUCAAUAACUUGAUGUUGGAGAUCCCCGCUGAUUUAGUGACCUACAAUCGGCCUGUUCGCUGUGUCCACUGGAACAACACGCAGAGCGGAGCAAACACUGUCACUGCUGAGUGUUAUGAUGGGGAGAAGAUUGCUGCUGAUCAUGUUAUUGUCACAGUGUCCCUAGGACACCUUAAGAAGCACCAUUCAGAACUGUUCUCUCCUCCUUUACCGGCACACAAGCUGAGCUCCAUCCAGAAAGUAGGAUUUGGAACAUGCAACAAAAUAUUCAUAGAGUUCGAGUCACCAUGGUGGGAUGCUGACUGUGAGAUCAUCUACCUGGUGUGGGAAGAUGAGGAAGAAAUUUUGGACCAGGUGUCAAACAAGGCCUGGAUAAGGAAGAUGUCAGCGUUCACUGUGGUGCAAUCCUCUGAAAGGUGUAGGCAUGUUCUCUGUGGCUGGAUUUCAGGGCACGAGGCAGAGUAUAUGGAGACUCUGUCUGAGCAGGAGAUCAGGCUUUCAGUCACAGAGCUCAUCCGUACAUUCACAGGAAACCCUACCAUCACCCCUAAGGGAUUUCUACGCUCUCAGUGGUUUCAUGACCCCUGGACAUGCGGAUCAUACAGUCACCCAGCAGUAGGCUGCUCAGUGCAGGACCUGGAGAACAUGAUGGUGCCUCUGCCCAUAGAGGGAUCACAGUCACAGCCCCUGCAGGUGUUAUUUGCUGGAGAGGCGACUCAUCCCUACUACUACUCCACCGUCCAUGGAGCUCUUCUCUCUGGGUGGAGAGAAGCUGAUAGACUCAUCUCUCACUACUCCUCCGUCAGUCCAGAUCAAAAACUUUAUGGAGAAUCAGCCAUGGCAAAGCGUGUGAACGCUAAAAUAGUUAUAAUAGGAUGCGGUAUAUCAGGUAUAGCAGCAGCACAGCGGCUCGUGAACGCCGGAUUUCAUCACGUGCGGAUACUUGAAGCAACUGCAAGAAGCGGAGGAAGAAUAAAAACGGGCAGACUGGGUGAUAAUAUUGUUGAGAUAGGGGCAAACUGGAUCCAUGGACCGUCCGAGGAGAACCCCGUGUUUUGUCUGGCCCGAAAGUACAAGCUGCUGGAUCCAGAGGCCCUCACCCCAGAGAACCAGGCCAUGGAUGUCGAAGGACAUCCCCCUUGGGUUCCCAAUGUCUUCAGCAGUUCAGGUCGAAAGCUGAGUGCAGAGGAAAUCUAUCCUGCUCAGGUGAUGUUUAUGGAGUUACUGAAUGAUUGUUCAGACUUUGAGAGUAAAGGAGGAGAACCCUGGACCUGUGUGGGAGAUUUCAUACGUGCAGAGGCUCAACAAAGAGUUGCAGAGAAGUGGAAAGAUGUUGAUGCAACCACCAGAUCUCUGCGACUGUGCGUGAUCAGCAACAUGUUGAAGGUGGAGUGCUCUGUUAAUGGAGCUCACAGUAUGGAUGAGGUGGGUCUGGGGGCCUUUGGCCUAUACAAGACUCUUCCUGGACUGGACUGCACAUUUCCAGGAGGCUAUGAAGGUCUUAUCAAAAACUUGAUGUCGGAGCUCCCGAAAGGUUCAGUGACCUACAAUUACCCUGUUCGCUGUGUGCACUGGAACAACACAGAGAAGACAGAAAACCCUGUGAUGAUCGAGUGUGAAGAUGGGGAGAGGAUUGCCGCUGAUCAUGUUAUUGUCACAGUAUCUCUAGGAUACCUAAAGAAGCACCACUCAGCCCUGUUCUGUCCUCCUCUCCCUCUACACAAGCUGCACUCCGUCCAGAGACUGGGUUUUGGAACGAACAAUAAAAUAUAUGUGGAGUUUGAUUCACCGUGGUGGGAUGUUGACUGUGAGGUCAUCCACCUGGUGUGGGAAGAUGAGGAUGUCAUGGUGGAUCAGGUGCCAGACAUACAGAGGUCCUGGAUUAAGAAGAUGUUUGGCUUCACUGUGCUCAAACCCACUGAGAGGUAUGGCCACGUUCUGUGUGGCUGGAUUGCUGGGCAUGAGUCUGAGUACAUGGAGACACUGUCCGAACAGGAGGUCACACACAACGUCACACAACUCAUCCGCAGAUUUACAGGAAACCCUGCCAUCACCCCGAGAAGAGUCCUGCGCUCUCAGUGGUUUCAUGACCCCUGGACAUGUGGAUCAUACAGUCACCCAGCAGUAGGCUGCUCAGUGCAGGACUUGGAGAACAUGAUGGAGCCCCUGCCUACGAAGAGAUCACAGUCACGGCCCCUGCAGGUGUUGUUUGCUGGAGAGGCGACUCAUCCGUUCUACUACUCCACCGUCCAUGGAGCUCUUCUCACUGGCUGGAGAGAAGCUGACAGACUCAUCUCUCACUACUCCUCCGUCAGUCUACCUCCACUGCCAAAAUCACAGCUGUAAAAGAACAAUGCUGCUCUGACAGAAUGAGAUUUAUCAGAUUUUAAGCUUAAAUGUUCAUCUUUCUUGAACUAUGAUCUCAAGUUGAUUUGGAAUAUUGUAUGAGAGCUGCUGUUUAUUUAAAGCAGCCACUUAAACGUUUAGAAAGUGCUCCAGCCAGUGACCGCUGUUCAGUGCAUUGAAAUACAAAUGGACUUGGACAACACAAGUGAUCCAUGCAAUACUGAUACUUCAAUUCAAUGCUUUAAAAAUACAUCUUUAAAUAAGUGAUGAAAAGCCUCUGUAUAUUUUUAGGGAAGAAGAAUGAAGGAAUUAAACUUGAAGUUACUGUUGCAUUAAUCCUUUUAACACUGUCCACUGGAUUGUGUUUACGCUGAAUGAAUUCUAUGCAUUUUUCAACUUUGUGAUUUGCUAAUUGUAUUAUUGUUUGUGCAUUGGUUGUAAUUAUCAAGCAAUAUCAGAUUCUAUUGAUAAUCUAUACAUUUUUCAAUAAAUUAUUCUCGCAGUUCUGUCUGAAAUCUAAAA